AACAAUUUCUUGACCACACACCGUUUGUUUGAAGACAUUUUCUUCCAUGGCGUUUCGCUUCUUGCUGUUGACCAUUCUCGCAGUGCAGAGUGCGGCGGUUCGUUUCGGCGUGGAUCUCGCGAAUGGCAAGGCACAUGGCCAGCCGCCAUUCAAAAAGAGCGAUCGCAUUGCCAUCGUGGGUGCGGGUCCAGCGGGGGUUCACAUGGCCAGCCGCCUGAAACAAAUGGGCUACACCAAGACGGUCCUGUUCGAGCGCUCAGACCGCGUAGGUGGCAAAUCUCUGACGCUAUACUUGAAUGACACCGGAGAGUGCAUUCAGCAAAAGGACAAGACAGGGCAGAUGGACACCAAAUCCUGUGUCGCACAUGACAUGGGCACAUGCUUUCUACACAAUGGAUACCAUAGCAUCGUGGACUUGGUGAAUGAGUACAACUUGACCACUACGGUUGCACCUGAGGGAAGAGCAAUGUUCUCUCAUUUUGCCAAAGACAGCUUCAGUUCUCAAAGCAUGCAAGAGUUCGUGACCUCCUCAAUCAUGGACGGCGUCAAAAAAGGAACCAUCAAGGUGCCUUGGUAUGCCCUCACAACAAAACUGAAGGUGCUUGGUGCUUUGAUCAGUGCUGUAAAGCAGUACAACAUACUUCAUGAGAGCCUCCUUGGAAAGGUUGAAUUCUCAAUGCCGCCUCGACUGAAUGCAAGUACUUUACAAAAGAUCAACAUGACAUUCGCAGAGUUCUUGGAGAAGAACGAUUUGCACGCACUCAGUGGCUUCCUGAUGUUUGCUCACGCUGCACAGGGUUAUGGCUAUGUAACCAGCAUUCCGGCCUUGUAUGGGCUUUGGUGGAUCUCUCCCGAGCUGCUCAAUGGAUAUGUUCAGAUGAGCUUUAGACAGCAGCUCGAAAAAAUUGCAGACUAUACGACGAAAAACAAAGCUGGCCGAAUCUGUCAGUCCAUGCGGGGUUGCUGGGUACGUGGCCUGGUGUCUUGGCUAGUCGGUGGAGAGGCCGGCGCCGUGAAACGGACAACCACCAUGCUCCCAGAAGGAUAUCAAAAGAUUUGGACCACCAUAGCUGAGAAGGAUGGUUUGGACGUUCGCUUUGGAGUUGACAUCUUGGAGCAAGGCAUCGACCGACAACUUGCUUCCUCUUCCAACACACCCAUUGUGAUCAAGUACACCCAAAACGGAGAGCAGAAGACGGAAGAAUUCCAGUUCCUUAUCUACUCAGGGCCACAUGCUCAUGCCAAGAAGUAUGUCAAGGACCUGGCUGACCAGGAGCAGAGCAUCUUCUCAAAGCUCAAAAGCUUCGUCUUGGCGACCACCCUCUAUGCCAGUCCGCCAGUGAAGGACUACACAGAUGAGAGUCAUCAGUUGCCAAUUAUGUACAGUGCAGACAAAAUGGCUGAUUCCUCGCAAGAUGGUUCGUGGUAUGCGGAUCGCUAUGACGACGACAUCUUUGCCGGUGUUUGGAAUCCAACGAUGCAACCUCGAGUUGGCUAUCAGUUCUAUGAAAACUACGAGAGUGAUGACAGCCUAAAGGACACAGACCGCACUCCUCUUCGCAACAAGAGAAUGAGCUUGGCCCCAGCAGUCUUGCAUCGUUUCAAGCAGGAACUGGCCAAACAGCUCGUGACGAAUGUCACGAUCAUUCGCCAGUAUCCAUGGCCAUACUUUCAUCACUUCGAGCAGGAAGCCAUUCAAGAGGGCAUGCCAUGGGAUUUGUUUGAGAUGCAAGGUGAGCGGAAGACCUGGUGGAUCGGUGCAAGUGCUUGCUUCGAAUCUGUCCAUGAUGUGACAAACUAUAACCUCAUGCUCUUGAGCAAAUACAUGGGAGCUCAGUUCGAAGCUGGUCGCAUCGUGUAAUCAGAUCAGUGAUGAAACACACGCAGAGUGCCACAACAGUC